AUGGUAAUGAGUGGUGUGCUUAAGUUGGAAAAUAUAUGGAGACGCGCUUUGAUGUUUUGUUCAGUGCUGCUCUUUACUUUCAUAUUCAGUAUAACUGGGUCUCAGCUUAUCAUGUUUCUUGGUAAUUUAUUUUCAUGCGCUUCUUUUUACGAAACUCCCUUGCGCAGGUAUUCGGAAGUAUGCCGCUAUGAUUGGAACAAGCGGGAGAUUCAACCGAAAGCUAAAGAGUUUAUGCAGCUGGUGUGGAGGGGAACACGGAAGGUCGGUAUCGGUCGAGCCCUGAAUGAUCUCCAUGGUUUGCCUUGUGCAUUCAUUGUAGCUCUUUACCGACCUGGAAAAAUUAAUGCCUUAGACAUCGAGAGAAACAUCGGCCCAGGGCUAUUCGCUCCUUCAUAUUGCAACGCCGACGGAGAUGAAAGCCUAUUGUCUACAGGUUACCCAAGCAGUUUCGCUACGAGGGACUCGAAAUCAGACCAACGAGCCAUGUACCAAGAAAAUGACAAUUUGCCUCCUAGUGCUAAAUCACUUAAGGGUUUUCAGGUAGCUGCGGAAGAUAACUCUGGGAUAACAUUCGUUCCUUUGUCGUCCUUCGAGAAAGAGUUGGACGACCAAGAUGCAGAGGGUGUUUUAAAAGAACAGCCUGAUAUUAAGUCACCAAACAGGUUUUUACCGCAUAUUUCGUACGUGCAAACACCCGAUAACUUUGUGGCGAUGGAUGCAGAUGACACUGGCGUGAAGAGGGACAAAGGGCCAUUAAAGGAAGUAAAACCUUACUAUUAG